CUCACCUUGCACACUGAUUACAAUGUCGAGUAGUGUUGUAUCUGAGAUUCAAAGUGCAGAACCUGCCGAGGUGACAGUUGACGAUGCGUGUCCGAUCAAGCAGGUCGAUAUUACGGUACCCAAAACCGAUGACCCCAACUUGCCAGUUCUCACAUUCAGAAUGUGGAUUUUGGGGAUUGCGGCUUGUGUAAUACUCUCGUUUGUGAACCAGUUUUUCUGGUACAGAUCGAACCCACUGUCGGUAUCUUCUAUUGCUGCACAAAUUGCUGUUGUGCCUCUUGGUCAUUUGCUGGCCAAGACGCUUCCAACUCAACAAUUUUUCAAAGGCACACGGUUUGAGUUUACUAUGAAUCCUGGACCCUUCAAUAUAAAGGAGCAUGUUCUGAUUACUAUUUUUGCCAAUUCUGGUGCUGGCUCUGUUUAUGCUACGCAUAUUUUGACUGCUGUUAAGCUUCUUUACAAGAGACAACUCACUUUUGUUCCUGCUUUGCUCAUCAUGUUCACUACUCAGGUGAUAUGAACGUUUUUCAUUGUGGAAAAUAUUGAAAUGGUUGUUAUGAUCUAUUUGUAUUAUGAUGUUCGUAACAUUAUAUGUUCCUUGUUAUUGUAGAUUCUUGGAUUCGGUUGGGCUGGGAUUUUUAGGAAAUAUUUAGUCGAACCAGGGGAGAUGUGGUGGCCAUCUAAUUUGGUUCAAGUCUCAUUGUUUAGAGCUCUGCACGAUAAGGAAAAAAGACCAAAACGAAGCACAACUCGCACACAAUUCUUCCUCUUGGCCAUGAUUUGCAGCUUUGCUUACUAUGUUUUUCCUGGCUAUCUUGUCAUGAUGCUCACCUCUUUCUCAUGGCUUUGUUGGUUUAAUUCCAACUCUCUCUUGCUUCAUCAAGUGGGUUCUGGCAUGAAUGGCCUUGGACUUGGUGCAUUUGGUAUAGAUUGGUCUACGAUUUCAUCAUACCUUGGAAGUCCUUUAGCCAGUCCUUGGUUUGCCACUGCCAAUGUUGCUGUUGGGUUUGUUAUUGUGAUGUAUGUCAUGACACCCCUUAGUUAUUGGUUAAAUGUGUAUGGGGCCAAAAGGUUUCCUAUAUAUUCAAGCAGCCUUUUCAUGGCGAAUGGUCAUGAAUACAAUAUUUCAAGCAUAGUCAAUUCAAAUUUCCAUCUUGAUCGAGGGGUUUACAGCACAACUGGGCCCGUAAAUCUCAGUACCUUCUUUGCUUUGACCUAUGGUCUUGGAUUUGCUACACUUUCUGCUACUGUUAUGCAUGUCUUUCUCUUCAAUGGAAGGGAGUUGUUGAACCAAAGUAUGAGUGCAUUUGGUGGGAAGAGAAAAAUUGACAUCCACACAAAACUUAUGCAAGCUUAUAAACAAGUACCAACAUGGUGGUUCAUCAUCAUCCUUAUAUUGAACAUUGCACUCUCCGUUUUUGCUUGUCAAUAUUACAAUGCCUCACUUCAAUUGCCUUGGUGGGGUGUACUCUUAGCUUGUUUCAUUGCCUUAUUUUUCACACUUCCCAUUGGCAUCAUUAAUGCUACCACAAACCAGGCACCUGGUUUGAACAUUAUUACAGAAUACAUUAUUGGUUAUGCAUAUCCCGAACGCCCGGUGGCCAACAUGUGUUUCAAGGUGUAUGGAUAUAUUAGCAUGACACAAGCUCUAACAUUCGUGUCUGACUUUAAGCUUGGUCAUUACAUGAAGAUUCCACCCAGAACAAUGUUCAUGGCUCAGGUUGUAGGGACAAUCAUAGCAGUGUUUGUUUACAUUGGAACUGCUUGGUGGUUGAUGGGAUCAAUUCAAGAUCUGUGUGACACCAACCUGUUACCAGAAAACAGCCCAUGGACUUGUCCAAUGGAUCGAGUGUUUUUCGAUGCAUCUGUAAUAUGGGGACUUGUGGGGCCUCGUAGAAUCUUUGGAGACCUUGGAGAAUAUGGAGCUGUGAAUUGGUUCUUCCUUGGUGGAGCAAUUGCCCCUUUGCUUGUAUGGAUUGCACACAAGAUGUUUCCUAACAAAACAUGGAUUCGCCUCAUCCACAUGCCAGUUCUGUUGGGUGCUACGGCGAUGAUGCCACCGGCUAGCGCGGUGAACUUCACGAGUUGGUUAACAUGUGGUUUCCUGUUCGGAUAUUUUCUUUUCAGAUACAAGACAGAGUGGUGGAAGCGCUACAAUUACAUAUUGUCUGGUGGGUUGGAUGCUGGAACUGCAUUCAUCACAAUACUCCUUUUUCUUACAUUGGGAUCAAAGGGUAUUGAUUGGUGGGGAAAUAAUAUUGAUGGAUGUCCAUUGGCCUCCUGCCCUUCUGCUAGAGGAGUUGUUGUUGAUGGCUGUCCAGUUUUCUAAUCUUUUAUAUUUCUUAAUUUAGCAUAAUUUUUCUUUCUUAAUUCUUCUUUU